GGGCAGCGCGCACACACAACACAUGCAGGCAGAACAGCCGAGAAGACAGAAAAGGACACGCACUUCCAGUCACACUCUGAAAUAACGGAUUAGCCAGAGACAUAGCAAGGCAGACGGUGAUUAUUAGGCUACUACAUCUCCAUUCAAAACAGGCGCUUUACUAGUACAUACAAAUCUCUUUUAUAAGAACCGUGAGGAAUCUCGUCCUGGAAUAUAAUACAUUUCACCAUCCAGCAGUUUGGAAAAAACAAAACAAUGCUUUCUGACGGCGACAACUAACUGACAAUGAUGACAUACAGAGGCAAUGACAGAAAAGAGCGACUGAGCCUCUCUCUUUUAUUUCAUCUGUCUCUCCUCUCUCUUCUCUCCUUCCAUGAGAAUCUGAGCCCGACAAACCUUAACGAUUCUCACUCACCACGCGACCAGCGUCCGUCAGUAGGGUCACCUUCGGAAUUAACGCGGGCUUCUUGUGGGCGUGCGUGGCGUGCGUUAGAGUGAGUGAGUGACCAAUAGCCUUUUGGAGAGAGAAAGAGGAGAGAGUCUGGAUAUAAGCACGAUCCAACCCUCCAGACAGCAACAGAAGCAGCAGCGGGAGCCGGUCCUCCAGAGUAGCCGUCUGGACUCACCCCCAGUCCCGCAGCCCCAUGCAGGAUGCCCGGGGGGGAGCGCUGGUCCUGGGGUGUCCUCCUGGUCCUGCUCAGCCAGAGUUCAUGACACCCUGGGCGGCUUCAUCAUGCGUCUCCUGCCUGCUCCAAACUCCCAAUCCCUCCGGCUACUCUUUCUUUUUAUCUUCGUGAUGGGGGUUGCCCCUUACCCGGCUCUCACUGCAGGAUGCCCAGACAGGUGUGUGUGUGACGACCAGCUGGUGGUCCAGUGCGCUGGGCAGGAGCUCACCCUCUUCCCCAACGACCUCCCUCUAGCCACCCGCCAACUCAUCAUCUCCAACAACCACAUCGGAGAACUUCCAGCAUUGCAACUCAACUACCUGUCUGAUCUGGUCUACCUGGAUGUCAGCAACAACACCCUGAUGGAGAUCUCCGAGUCCACCUUCGGGAAUCUCCGAAAGCUGGCCUAUCUUGACCUGUCCUUCAAUACACUAACCCAGCUUGAGGACCGGACUUUUGGACCAUUGUCAAGCCUCGUGAUGCUACGGCUAACAGACAAUCUGGGGCUAAAUGAGAUCCACCCGGACGCGUUCUCAGAAAAUAUUGCUCUGCAGGUGCUGGAUGUGAGCAGGAACAACCUGACGACGCUGAACAUCAGCUCUCUGAUCGCCCUGCCCUCCCUGCGCUCCCUGGGGCUCAGCGGGAACCCCUGGAGAUGUGACUGUGAGACGGAGGACCUCUGCCUCUGGGUCCAGAUAGAAGGAUUCAAGUUCCAAGAUGAGGGUCAGACAGUGUGCCAGGGGCCUCCGGAAGUGUCUGGGCAGCGGCUGGCUGAGGUGGGCAUGCAGCUGAGGGCAGACUGCCACCAGGGCCUGGGUUACUGGGACUAUCUGUUCUUUAUCGCUAUUGGCUUUGUCAUCUUCAGUGCUGGCACCGUGUCGGCAUGGGUGAUGGGUGUCCUCAUGGUGCUGUACGAGAGAUACAACAAGAGGAAGGGGGAAGACAUGGACAGUGAUGACGAGGAGGAGAGACAUAUGGGUGGAGGGAUGAUGGGGGGAGGGCAUCAGGGGAACGGGGAUCUGAAUAAGGCUGGCAUGCAGGUGUGAGUGCGGGAUGUGAGCAGCUGGAAGAGAAUAAAAUUAAAAAAGGCAGAAGAGAAAGCAGAGAGGAUACAUUACAAGGAGCAAUGGAGUGAUGGAAGGACACUGAAGAAAAGAAGGAGGAAAGAAGAGGGAUGGAGAGAUGAGAAUAAAGGACACUGGGACCUUGGACUCUGUAGAGUGACAGUCCUGUUCUGACUGGGUGUCUCCAAGUGGAAGAGAACAGGACAGACAUUAUACCCUGUGUGUGUGUGUGUGUGUGUGUGUGUGUGUGUGUGUGUGUGUGUGUGUGUGUGUGUGUGUGUGUGUGUGUGUGUGUGUGCGUGCGUGCGUGCGUGCGUGCGUGCGUGUAAGUGUGUGUAAGUGUGUGUAAGUGUGUCUGUGCGAGUGCGAGAGAGCAACAAGGGGGGAUAAGCCUUCCACUUCAGGACUACAGAGUGACUUCUGAACUAUUAAGAGCAAUAAGCCCCCCACUGUUACACACACACACACACACACUCACACUCACACUCACACUCACACUCACACUCACACUCACACUCACACUCACACACACACUGCUAGUUUGGUUUCUCUGGUGAUGCAAUAAUAAGAGUGAGUUACCCUCCAUUCAAUGUUAUGCGCUUGUUUGAGAAAAGCACUAUGAAUUCUAAUAAUUAUUAUGGGGAAGGACACACAGAUAAACACAUAGUAUUUAGGUCUACAAUAGGUUAGGUUCAUAUUCUAGUCCAGCCAGGGGUGAAAGUAGAAAGUAGAACUUAAUGAGCCUCCUAUUUUUUUAAUGUUUUGGGCCUAAUCAUAGAAUUACAUAUAGAACCCCUUUUAAUUCAAUAGGACCUCUGUGGGCCUACUCGUAAAGAUUUGUCAUUUAGCUUUUAAAAUGUAUCACCUUUUAUAGUGGCAUAAACACAACCAGUCAUGAUGUUUUCAUCUGAUUGUCAAACAGUCACUUCAAAGGGCUCCUUCACUAGGCUCCCCGCGCACGUUCAUCCACUCACAGCAUAUUUCCAUCCUCAAAACAGUGGUGAAUGGAAAGAGAUAUCCGUUACACAAAACAACAAAAAGUGUAAUGACAUUUGACGACUGUCAUUAGGCGGAAUUUAUGCGUCCACUUUCAGUGUUCUCGUCGAUCCACAUCGCAUUUUGGAGCGUAGGCUACACCACCCGUUUUCAAGUGCAUUCGCUCAUUUUUAUGCCUCUGAUAUACGGUAUUGAUAAAUAAUGGUGUAGUAGCCGACAGUUUUCAUGACAUUUUGUUUGAAGUAUUGUGACAGGCUUAUGCUUUACCGGUACACUAUUUAUUUUGCCUUGAUGUCGUACCGGACCGCACCACCUUACUUUCACCCCUGAGUCCAGCCUAGUUAUAGCUACUGUAACUGGGGCAGAACCAUCAGACUGCAUCUCUCUCACCAGGGGGAACAAGUGAUUCAUAGGUCUAGACUAACCCUGACCUUCCACUCUCUGCCUUCUGUCCACCUCAAACAAUUAGUACAGAGCGCACACACGAGAGUAGUGUUUGAGUGUUUGUUAGCCAGAUCAUUUCUAGCUGACUAAACUCAACUCCAUGGUGAAGAAAGUUCCUGAUCAACUCCACCAACGGAGUUGAGCAGAGACCAGGCUUUGUUGAAUACAGGAAUUCAGCUUGUACCUACAGUAUGUUUGUCCUCUGCAGUUGCAUGCCUUUCCAUGUUUGCUCAAUAAACGUUAAUCAAAUGCAACCACCGCCUCUUUGCUCCUUGCUGUUGCUCUAAGACGGGCAAACUGAGCACAUGCCAAUUGAAUCUCAACAAGGAUACAGUCGGUGGUUGUAUUUGAUUGACGAUUUAUUAAAAAGUAUGGAUCUCAGCAAACAAAAAAAGGCACGCAUCUACAGAGGACAAACAAGGUAAGCGUUCCAUAUUUGUUCUUUUUUGAAGUAUUGACCUUGGGCAAAUCGAUGUAGUCAGAGCUGAAUUCCACAAAGCCUGGUCUCAACAGAAACUUCCUCCACCAUGGAGUUGAGUUUAGUCAGAUGGGUUAUUUCCAGUGAAGUUGAUGAGAGCAUCAGUGUGUGGGUCUAUAUGUGGGCGUGGAGCAUUAGGAGGAU